UUUAUGAAUUCAGUGUAAUAGAAAAUAUUGCAUGUGUCAGUGUAAUAGAAGUUAUUGCACGCGUCAGUUUUUUGUCAGUCAGUGCAUGAUCUUCACGGAUAUUAAUCCGCUUUUUUUAAAAGUAGUUUUCAUUACUGGAUAAUGUUUCAUAUAGAAACGAUGAUUUCUCGAAACAAGAUGAUAAUUUUUAUCUUAUUUUGCUACGUAACAGUAACGAGCCAACACGUUCUAGAUAAUAUCGCACUCAACAAGCCAGCGUACCAGACAGAUACAGCUUUCGGCACAACUGCCCAGUUGGCUGUCGAUGGUGGUAUCUCAAAGAGUUUUAAGAAUGGAUCAUGCACGCAUACAGCCGCUACCGUGAAUGCAUUCUGGGAGGUUGAUUUGGGCAAAGAUUUUUUUAUUGAUCACGUGACUAUAUAUAAUCGUGACGAUUGUUGCCUUGAGCGGUUAAGACAUGUUGAGCUAUACAUCGGUUCAAAGACACAGACAUACAAAAAGUACGGUUUCCAUGAGGGAGUUAUGGGACUUGUGUAUACGUUUGAAUUAGAACACACCGUGUUUGGGCGCUGGGUACGCAUUACUAGGAGUCCUUCUGUGACAGACAAGUUAACCUUAUGCGAGGUCCAAGUGUUUGGAUAUGAAAAUUCACAAUAUUUUUCUUUCGUGCCAAUCGCGUUGGGGAAUGGAGCUCAAACAAGAGUACAGGGUUUGACACCAAUACAGUGUGCUUACUUAUGUUAUAAAACAAAUGGAUGCGACAAAGCUAGUUUUCAACACGAUGAAAAUAUGUGUGUCUACAACUAAUGAAAAUUGUUAAAGAAUCAAUCUUCAUAUUUACGUGCACAAUGAGAACAUUGGUUGUUAACUCGAGUAACACGGAUUUUGACUUCAGAUGUGUUACUUUUCUUGAACAUUUACGAAAAUAUAAAGAUAACCCAACCUGCAUCCCAUGGGUAGUCAUUCCAUUGUAUUAACAACUUUUUUAAUGAUAUGCUUUAUUUUUUAAUGCAAUGUUAUGAUAAAAAGAAACAACAAUUUUUUUUGUUUAUAAAUAUCAAAAUAGAGAUAACCCGCAUUAAUAAGAAACACAUUUCAUAUAAUUGAUGUACUUAUUAAGAUCUGUAUUAUAUGUAUUCUCGGACUGUUUUUAUUAUUUUUUUAUUAUUAUUCUACCAGUGGGUAUGCCUCAUUGUGUAUUUGUAUUAAUGUUUGCCACAUUUUGUCAUGUAAUGAGUGGAAAUAAACGACUGCUGUCAUCACGAGUAUAACAAUUCGUGCUUGAUGUGAAGGAUUGCAGGAGAAAACUCCUUUUUCAGAAGAUACAUAGCACUGAGUUUAAAUGGAAGGAAUAUAGUAUUGUGAUUUUUAUAAAUUGUAAAUUUCUUUGAAAAAGUUUGACAAAUAGAGGAGGUAAGCAACACAACAGUACCAACAACGAAAAAAGAAAGAAAAGCAUAUAGACUGGGGUUUCUUAAAUUGUAAAAUAUAACAACCAUUCUGUCUGUGUCACAAUACUUUUU